CCCCAUUCCUUUCUUUUUUUUUAUAUAUAUAUAUAUAUAUGAUGACCAACAAUAAAGAUACUAUGCAUACUUCAUAUACCAAAACCAACACCACGAAACCAAAUGGAGGCGACACGAUCACUCGAAUGCACCCUUCCAUGAAAAGACCCAGAGCACCUAUUGCUUGUUACCGUUGUCAUCAUAAAAAGGUGCGUUGCGAUGGUGUUCAUCCCAAUUGUACUCGUUGUUUAUCCACAGGUGUCUUAUGUGCUUACCCAAGCUCACGAAGAUCUCGUAACACUCAACCUACCAAUGUAGACCCUUUUAUUGAUAAUCUGUCUCAAUUGGAAACCCGUAUUCGUCGUAUCGAGACAGAUCUGGAAUCACAACGCGCACUUGUUCGUACCGUAUGCAAUGAUACCACCACCACCACCACCACCACCACGGAUACCAAUCGCAAUAACAAUACCGCAUUGACCUCUCGUAUGCUCAAGACAGAAAAGGAUCUACAGGAAUCUCGGUCCAUUGUUGCUCAAUUACGUUUAAGAGGUGAACAACGAGCAGCACGUGGAAGAAGAGCUGCUGCUGCUGCUGCUGCUGCUGCUGCUGCUGCUGCUGCCUCUGCUGCUGGUACUGGUACUGGUGGUACGUCUGGUUCUGCCGCCGCGGGCUCCGUUCCUUCUUCAACGCCCGGUCCUGACAAAAAUAUACUACUCUCUGGGAAACAAUCCAAGGAAGCCGCUUCUAAUACCGGUCAUGGUAAAGGAGGAGGAGGAGGCAUAGGACAACAACGAGCCAAUAAGCCACGAGCAAAAAAAGAGUCGAUCAAUGCAUCCUUAAAUGAAUUUAAUCAUCAUCACAAUGGUAGUGGUCAUUCGAUUUCUUCACCUUCUCCACCAUUUUACUUUAGUCAGUCGGAUACAUCAUCGCCGGUCGAUUUUAUGAAUCCUUCACCUUCUUAUUAUUUUCCUUAUUCGCCUCAUGGAUACACUACAGAUAUGACUCCCAUCUGUGGUGGUGGUGGUGGUAGUAGUAAUCAUAGUACGAAUCAUCAUGCAUCGUCAGCAACGACACAAGCUUCGUCUGUUAGCACUGCCCCCUUUUCAAUGAUGGUAAGUGAUUGGCCACUUUUGAACGAUUUGCCGCAUACUACAACCGCGACUCAUAAUGGGUUUGUGGAUCCAAUGAUUAUAGCAGCUGCAGAAGCGCAUCAACAUGGGAUAGCUCCUCCUUUACUUUCUGUUUCGAGUUAUAUGACUCUGGAUGAAGAUAAUUCAAUUAUGGCAGCGAGAGCAAGAUCAUUGGCUCAAACACAUCCUCACCCACAAAAUACCAUGAUGGCCAUGCCUGGACUUCAACCCUCGUCUUCAUCUACCUCUACAUGUUCAAAUAAUUCUAAUUUUGGGAAUUAUCAUGUUUAUGACACAAGCUAUACCAAUUUCAUGGAUAGUAGUAGUAAUAAUAAUGAUACAAUCAUGAUGAUGGAUCCACAAUCCAAUAUGAGAUGA